AUGGUUUAUCUGAACCAUUAGAUUAUACCAUGGAAUCACUUCUUCUGGGCCGACAUACAAAUGCUACGUCACCUAAUUAUGACCACGGAGUUGCCAGCAGUGUGGAGGGAGACACAACUUGCAGCGAAGAUGAAUAUGGUGGAGCCACUCGCAGUAGCACUAAGCUAUCUGUUAGUAGUGAACCUGUAUCAAAUCGAAAUCGCGGUAUGUUGUCAUUAUACCAUGGUACGUGGCCCGUGGAGAAAACCAUGUGGAAUUCAGAACCCACUAGAUUAGGAGUUGUGGAAAAACCUGCGAAAAACAGUUUUGGCAAUCACCUGGAGGUUACAAGCGUCAUGAGUUUUGCUUCCAGCUCAGGGGGUGUCCCUUUGGAUAGGGUCCUUGGUAGUCCUGAUCCAAGUAAAUGGUCUUCCCAACAAUUGGAAGCAAAGAUGGAUGUAGUCCAUAGCUUAUUAGCAAUGUUGGGAGGUCAAGAUCAUGUUGACAUGGGUGAAACACUACUGGCUCUCAGCAGUUGUCCAGAAAGUUGCCUUGCUAUGCGGCAAUCAGGUUGUAUUCCGUUAUUAGUUAAAUUAGUCCAAUCAGACAGAGAUGGAGAUACAAGAAGAAAAGCCGCACAAGCAUUACAUAAUUUAGUUAAUUCGCAAACGGACGAGAAACUACGAAAAAGAGAAGUCAGAGUCUUGAAGCUCACAGAACAGUGCAGAGCGUAUACAGAUGCUCUUAGGAAUAAUACAGAGUAUGAACCUUUAGAAAGUAGUAGUUCAAUUUCAGAAGAUGGUGAUAAACAUCCUGUUCAGACUGUUGCACAUCUAAUGAAAUUAUCCUUUGAUGAAGGGCAUCGGCAGGCAAUAUGUCAACUUGGAGGAAUAUAUACAAUUGCUUCUUUGGUAGAGGUGGAACAUACAAUGCACGGUAGCACGACAACAGAAUCCCACUGUAUAUUGAUGCGUAGGUAUGCUUGUAUGGCCCUUACAAACCUCACAUUCGGUGACAGCGGCAACAAAGCUUUACUAUGUUCCAUUAGGGAAUUUAUGAGGGCGCUGGUGGUGCAGCUGCAGAGUCCUAGUGAUGAGUUGCGACAGGUAACGGCAAGUGUUUUGAGGAAUCUCUCAUGGCGAGCUGAUUCUACUUCUAAGGAAAUUCUGAGAGAAGUAGGUGCUGUGACGGGUCUUAUGAAAGCUGCCAUGCUGGAUAACAAAGAAAAUACUCUGAAGUCGAUUUUAUCAGCUUUAUGGAAUCUUUCUGCCCACUGCACAGAAAAUAAGUCUGAAAUUUGUUCCGUCGAAAACGCAUUGGGAUUUUUGGUGAAUAUGUUAACCUACAAAACUCCCUCAAAAUCUAUGGCAAUCAUUGAAAACUCUGGUGGAAUUUUGAGAAACAUUUCUAGUCAAAUUGCGGUCAGGGAGGAUUACAGAGAAAUACUUCGGAAACAUAAUUGCUUGCAAAUACUGUUGGAACAACUAAAGUCGCCUAGUUUGACUAUUGUCAGUAACGCUUGUGGUACUCUGUGGAACCUGUCAGCAAAGUGUGCAACAGAUCAGGAAAUUCUGUGGGAACUGGGCGCUCCAAGCAUGCUGCGAAGCCUAAAUCAUUCUAAACAUAAAAUGAUUGCAAUGGGGUCUAGUGCGGCAUUGAAGAAUUUACUUAAUGCCAAGCCGCAGCAAGUUUUGCAGCCACAGUUAGACUCUACAGCUCUUUCUCUGGAUUUGCCAAUGUUGCCAACUUUGGGGGCAAGGAAACAGAAGGCCCUGCUUCAAGAUUUGGAUCAGAGCUUGUCUGAGACGUACGAGAAUAUCGAAAAAGAUUCGCCGGUUAGAAAAUAUGACAAAGUUGAUGAGAUGAUAGAUUUCCCUCAAGAUUCUCGAGGCAAGUCCAAACUUAGUUCAAAGUCCCAUUUUUUAGAUGAAUCUCAAUUGUGUAGCAAUUUUGUUAAUCUGAACUUGAACGAGCCAUCCACAAGCUAUACCAGUGAUCUUAGGUUGACACAAAGGAUGCAACAUAAUUAUGGAAGCUCUAGUUUGCCCUACAUCAAUAUCAAUAAACAUAACGGUUCUUCUAAUUACAUACCUGUGAGAAAUAAGUUUUCCGAUUGUUCUUACGAAGAUGAAAUUGAUGUAAGCGAUCAACCUAUAGACUAUAGCAAGAAAUAUUCGGAAACAAAAUUACCAACUAGUGAUGCCAACAAUGUAUCAUCCAAUGAAGAACACGAGUUUUCGUACAGUAAUCAAGAGACUGAGAAAGAAAAUUUUAGUAUGUACGCAGAAACUGAUCUUGAUCAACCAACUGAUUAUUCUUUGAGAUAUGCCGAAGACGAUUCAGGUUCUGAAAUUUGUAGCAAAAUAACAAAAAACGAACCGCAAGAGUAUGUUCAAGACACUGUGAAGACAUACUGCACUGAAGAUACACCAUAUGAAACACCUUUCAAUUUCUCCACUGCGACUUCAAUGUCUGACCUGAGAGUAGACGAGAAACCAGUUAUAGACAACGAUAAGCAGGACGUGUGUCGGCCGAAAAUCAAGAAAGAAACAAACCAAAACGCGGAAGAAAAAGAUCGGUGUUCUAUAGAGGAUAUUUCGGAAUUAGAAACACACUCCAAAUUAUGUGAUAAAAUACCAAAGUCUGAACUGAGUUCGGGACUGCUGUCUCCUGAGAAGCCAGUCAACUAUGCUGAAGAAGGCACUCCGGGAUAUUUUUCUCGGGUCAGUAGCUUCGGUUCUCUAACGUCCAUUCCGGCGAAUGAAAACCUUAAGGAAUCCAAGGUUGAUGAAAGCCCACCCUCAAAACAAGAAAGUAUACCCCGUUUGAAAUCAAAUGAAAAAGUGUCGCCAAAAAAUCCAGGCGAAACUAAGGCGGUAAAGUUCGAGAGAGUUGUUAACUACGCUGAGGAAACUCCCUUGAUGUUUUCAAGGUCUAGCUCUCUGGCUUCUCUAGAUAGCAUAGAACAACAUUCUAUACAUGACGAUAGAAGUUCAGUUGUAUCAGAUUUCAGUCGCCUGCCAAGUGGUAUCGUCUCUCCUAGUGAGCUACCAGAUUCACCAACUCAAACUGUUCCUCCAAGUCCUAGAACAAGGCAGACAUCACUAGGUUUUCCUUCUACAUCUAAAUCCCGAAUGAUACCUGAAGGCCAAACACAUCAUGUUGUUAGAUCUAUUCCAAAACCUGGUAUUUUUGAGGAUAAUGUUACGAAGUUCAAAGAAGAAAGUACACCAAUUCAAUUUUCGACAGCCACGAGUUUGAGUAGCUUGACUAUCGAUGAUCAUGAAGAGACAGAUGAACAGAGGAAUUCAAUCAAACAUAAUGACGUUAUUCAAGAAGAGGACGAGGCUCGGAAAGAUGAGAUGGAGAAAAAAGAUUCUGAAAAAGAUGCCGCUGCCUCUGAUACCAAUGAUGAAUUUGUUGUGGAAUCUGAGGACGAUGGGGAUGAAGACAUUUUAGCUGACUGUAUUAGCAUCGGGAUGCCAACUAACAGGCACAACCAAACUAAUUCAAGCACGUCUUCCAGUUCUUCUAAACUUCCACUUUCCAAUUUCAAAUACACUAAAACACCUCCAAAUCAAAACGUUCCAUUAUCUUCUAAUACACAAGUGUUACCUCGUCCAAAAGAUUUGAAACAACACUUUGAAGGACAGCAGGACUUGUCCAUGGAUCAAAGUGAUACUCUAAGAGCUUAUUGUACCGAAGACACCCCUGUAAGAUUAAGUCGGACAGGAUCUAUUUCGGACUUGAGUGUUCUGUCAGAAUUGAAUGAAUCUAAAGUUGGUUCCAGACGAGGGGAUUAUUUAUCAGAUGAUAGCAGCAACUUGUCAGGUGAUAAUGACAACAUUCUAGCAGAAUGUAUUCAGUCUGCUUUGCCAAAACCUAAAAAAGAACCCCCCAAAGCUCCUGCCAAGUCUUUGCCGUCUUGCUUGCCGAGAAGGAACAUUCAGACUAAUUCUACAAUAAAGUACAACCCUACAAGUAAUUUGAAUCACAUUGAAGCCUCAAAAGUUAGGGAUAUAAAUAGGAGAGACAAUUCGUUACCACCUUAUUUGAAUGUGAGAGAUGAAGUGGAAAAUUAUGCAGUCGAAAACAGUCCGUGUCAGUUUUCAUUAAGGAGCAGCCUGAGCGAUUUAACUGUUGAUGGAAGCGUUGCUGGAUUGAAAAGGUCUGGACCAAGUAAUCAGCCCGAGGAUUCCUUGAAUAGUGUUCCCUCAAACUCAGGUAACCCAAAUGUGAUUGAACAAAAUGCUUCUCAACCAGAACUUUCUCGCCGCGAUUCCUUAUCUUCAAUAAGUGUUGAGUCCUUGGAAUCACUGGAAGCAGAGCAGGCACUUCUGAAGCAAUGCAUUUCUUUUGGGAUGCCAAAGAGCAACACUGACUCCGAGGCUAAAUUGUCAGAUAUCGAUACAUCCAAGGAAGGAACUACUUUGACGAUGGGUAAAUCGCAAAGUCGUGAUAGAAAACGUCAAAAUGAGCCUGAAACUGUCCAGUCAAAAAACGUGAAUGCUGCGUCUGUUGUCGGGAGCAUAACAAUUCAAGCCAACGUGAUGUGUCCCAACAUGUCAACCGCGGCAGCAGGCGUAGAAGAAAAUCUAGACCAAGAGAUAGGGACAAAGAUGGAAGAGAAACGAGAGCUAGUUCUAGAGGAGCAAGAGAAAACAGAGAUCCGAACAGAGAAUCCACCAGUAGAGACACUAACAGGCAGUCCCACCAUCGAUACGUUACCGGACAAAUGCUUGCCUUCAGAAGAGAUCUUAUACACAGAUCCCACGAAGAGUGGAUCUAAAGAAAUGAGCCUCUUGAAUACUACUUUGGAUAGGUUAGUUAUAGAAGAUCGUUUAGCCAGGAGCUGUGAAGAUUCCAAUACAGUCGAUAACAGAAUGUUGGACCCAGAGGCCAUGAUUGAAUCCUUAGACCGCUUUACUGCAGAACUUGUCUCUCAGGCUAGCCACCUUAACAAAGAUGAUGACAAAUACAAAGCAUCAACGGGUGAAAAUACUUGGAACGAUGAUUCUUCACCAAAUGACGUAACAUUUCCCAGUAUAUCCGGCAGUGCACCCAACGUUAUAACAUUUAGUAACGAAGAAGAAAUACAACAAGAUUUAAAUGCAGUGGACGAGCCUGAUGGUACCAACGAGCCUGUACCUGAAGUCAAUAAUGAGCCAUCUGGAGACUUUUUGUCAAUAAAUACAUCGACUCUAACAGAUAGCACUUUGAUUGCUAUUGAAGCAAGCAAAAUGGCUACGGUAUUCAAGAACGAAGCUGAAAUGUCUACGAGCAUUACCAGCGUGGCCUCCUUGGAUUUAGAUCAUAUACAGCCUCCGUCUCAUAUGAAUUCACUGAGUAAUAGUGCUGUGGGCUUGGAAAUGAUACCAUCUAGUACUCCCAAACUAAUGAGGAGAAAAAAAUCUUUACCAGCUGGACUCAUGGUUAGAAGGGCAUUGAAUAACUCUUCGAAUCAUGGAUCUAGUUUGGAGAGUCUUGAAAAUCAUAGUCUUUCUAACUUGGAUCAUGUCAACCCACCUUUUGAGUUGUUCAACGAUAUGGAUGGCAGCAUGACGAGCGUCGCUAGUCUACCGAUGGAGAUGGAACAGAAAACCGAUUUCCUCAUUAACGGAAUUCUUGAUAAGGAGCCACAAAGCAUUCAGCAUCCGAUAUUUGAUAUGAAGCAUCCAUUUAACGAACUGGAGAAUAUAAACCCACCUUCCUUGUUCAACGAGAUCACAGACUUUUGCAACUCGUUAGCAGAUGUGCCUACAGAGGCUAUCGGCAGCAUAACGGAGACAUUUGAAGACUGUUACACAUACGUUCCAGACUCCACCAUGCAGGAUAUAACCUUGAGAGAUGAUCUUAGCCAAUUAUCAGAUGCUAAAUAUAGCACGCCUCUUCAAUCAGAUUUCAGUAGUGCAGAAGCUUCACCAAAAAAAACCAAGAAUCUUACUAAAUCAAUGAUGACUAAACAGAGGAGGAAUUUAGCAAGGGAUCGUUAUAAAACCUACACAGUCGCGGCGGAGAUGGUGAUGAAGGAAGAAUCCAAGGGGAGAGUGGAUGAAGACCUCACAGAGGAGUUUAACACCGCACUAGAUUUUUCUGUUGAAGAUAUGGCCCCAGUUAGUUCGACACAAGUUUCGCCAGCAUGUAAUGUGGGAUCCAAAUUGACUCCUAGAGAAAAACGACAAAUGAACAGAUCUCGUUUUGAAACACAAGUAGUUGAUGAGGCCCUAACAAACAUUCUUGAGCAACCUGUAAUAGAUUCUAAUUCAGAUACGAAAAGCCCGGUUUCCAACUCCAAUAGCUGUGCCUCAUCCCCCUUUCAGAGCCCUGCCAGAACAAAAUUGAGCAUAAGGCGUAACUUCAUGCAGAAAAGACUAGAAAAUAAAGAGAGGUUUCGAACUCAAACACUCAGUGAAUCAAGUUUCUCGCCUGAUUCAUCUUCUGCAUCGCCUCCAUUGACAUUGAAUGGAGAAACAGCAGUUCAGCUGCACUUGCAAAAAGAAACUGAUCUAAUACUCAGGACGUUGCGUGAUACAAAGACAAUUCAGGACGAUCUUAUUGACUGCGAAACUUUGAGCCUGGUGAGCAAUGAUGACGAAUCUGAACACAAUUCUGGAGGUUCUGCGAAUUACAGAACGUAUCACAAGAGUUGGGGCUUCAAGAAAAAUAUACCUAUCAUCGAUAGUAGUCAGCCAAGUCCGAGAGAACCGGAAAACUUGGCAGAUCAUAAUAACCCCAGGUGUAGUACUGAGGAUGAAAAUACGUCACAUAUCAAUAGUAAACCGAAAAUAGUUAAACCUGACGAACAACAUUUGGAAGAAACCAACAAUGAUGAAGAACCGAAAGGAAUAAGAGGCAGGAGAAAACCUUUGUACUCAAACAGUAAUAUCAAUAAUAAGAUAUCCCCGAGGAGCAUGAAACCAGUAAGAACAGUUAAUUCAAAUCUUGUCAAAAAUGUGACUUCGACUAUGAAGAGUGGAACCGACUUGAAAUCGGUCAUUAGUAAACAGACUAAAAAUUCUCCCACAAAAGUUGCUGUUACACAAAGUAAGGGCAGUAGCAGUGGAUACAGAAGUGGUUCAAAUUCCAACUCUCCGAAAACUAGUCCUGCAAGGGUGCCAGCAAAUAAAAGCAGCCCAAAGCAUAAUUCACAAAAUAUGAAAUCCAACCUUCCAUCAAAAGGAACACCAGUAUUGGAACGCCAAGGAACUUUCACAAAAAAUGAACCCAGUGUAAGCAGUACUAGUGUUCCGAAAGCUUCCAGCAAAAUACCUACACCUUCAGUAACUACCCGAAUACCAACCUUUGGGGCGAAAACUGCCAGAACAAAUGUACCAUCAGUAUCCAAAAUUCCAGGAAAUUACAAUGCAAAUAAGCCACCAGUCGCUCGCAAUGGAUUUAUCAAAUCGGCUAGUUCUGACAGGGCAAACAAAAAUAUGCGGAUUUACAAUAGGUCAACGAGUGCCGAUAGCAGGGAGCCUGUUAGCAGAAUUCAAACUAGUCAUUCUGUGCAGAAUUUGAAAAAUGAUGGGAAAAUGCAAAAUGGCACUGUUAAAAAGUCAUCAAUUCCCAGUCUUGCUCAAAGGACUGCCAGUAAUACAAGUCUGAAUUCUAAUGGCAGCAGCAGCGCUAAAAAGCAAGUAACUAGUAAAAUUUCUAGUUUAUGGAAAAAAAUUGAAGAGAGUAAAAAGCAACCUCCCAAAAAAGAUACUAGGGUUUGGAUUCAGUCAGAUUCGACACCAGAUUCCCCUAGAUUGAUUAGGAGUAAUACUUUCGAUAACAAGGAUGGCAUCAUACUUAGAAAUCAGUCAUCUGAUGAAGACUCCACCACAAAACGUAUUUCUAGGUUAGGUUCAUUUGUUGUGAUGGAUGGAAAUGACGAUUGAUUCAAGUUCAUGUCAUAUUUGAUGCAUCAUCAUCAAGGCAAUGGUUUUUAUUGAGAUUUGUUUUCAACACGUUCUUCCUUAGGUGUCCCACAGAGUGGAUAUUGAUCAUCAGAAAAAAUAAUGUAAAAUUUAUUUUGUUCUGAUGAAUAUUUCAUUUCAGAGGUAUCAUCGAUUGAAUGUUUUUUUGUGCAAAAAUUUAUUAGUUUUUAAAGAAAUUUUCACUUGUCCAUUGUGGUUGAAUGUUUUUUUUUUUUUAAUGAAAACUGGUACUUUUGUUAAUUUUUUUAAAGCCAUAAAAAUGUAUUUCUAGUCCUAUGUUUUUUGUCGUAAAAAGCAUUUACUUAGUUGAAGACUGUAUAUGUAUGUUUCGUGAUAUAUUAGCUUAAAUACUUGUAUAUAUAUAUCCUGUUUAGGUAAAUUUAGUAGUAGUUUUAUAAUAUUUGUAAAAGUAAUUUACUGAGUUGAAAUAGUAAUUUUAACUGAGAAAUCAAGCUUUUAGAUUGGAAUAUUCUGAAGAUCGUUUCCAGUUGUUUCAUUUCCGACCAAUUGAAAUUAAAAACUAAAACAGUAA